UUCAUUUGUAAACAUUAAAGAAAUUGUGAAAAUUGAAGAUUGGAAAAAUUAAGUUUUUGUGAUAUUUAAGGCUUUGAUUAAAUAAUCUAGGUAUUCAAAAUGGGUUUUCUCACAGUAUUAAAGAAAAUGAGACAGAAGGAAAAGGAAAUGAGAAUCUUAUUACUUGGACUAGAUAAUGCUGGGAAAACGACAAUUCUAAAAAGAUUCAAUGGUGAACCAAUCGAUCAAAUAUCACCGACUUUAGGAUUUAAUAUAAAGACAUUAGAACAUCGAGGUUACACAUUGAAUUUGUGGGAUGUUGGUGGACAGAAGUCAUUAAGAUCAUACUGGAGAAAUUAUUUUGAAAGCACAGACGGGCUUGUCUGGGUUGUGGAUGCUGCUGAUAGAAUGAGAUUAGAUGCUUGUAAAGAUGAAUUAAACAUUUUGUUAGAAGAAGAGCGAUUAGCUGGUGCAACUCUCUUAGUCUUGGCUAAUAAGCAGGAUCUUCCAGGUGCACUAUCAGCACAAGAAAUCAAAGACAUUCUUGAACUUGACAAGAUCACAACACAUCAUUGGUCCGUGGUUGGCGUAAGUGCAGUAACAGGCGAUAAAUUACUAAAUGCAAUUGAUUGGCUAAUAGGUGACAUUGCAAAGAGAAUUUUCACAUUGGAUUAAGACAGCGCAAUUGCAUAUGAAAUGCAAUAAUUCUGUCUUCAGAAUGCAUUUAUGUCACGACAUAGCGUACAUAAUUUAUAUGCUUAUUUAUUAUGCUCGCACAAUAAUUCAAAAUCUCAUUUGAUCACCUACAGUCGUCUUCAAAAUUAAUAAAAGUGAAAAUAUUUCUUGUCAGCACUUAAUCGAAUUGAGAGACUCACAUUUUCUACUAAUUUA